AAAACACAAUGGCGGAUGCCAAUGCGGCAGUAGCUGUAGUGACAGUUUCAUUGGUCUUUUUAGGACUUUUAUCGGGUUUAAGCUUAUCGUGGGCUCUUCUUCCAGUCGCUGUAGUGGUGCUUAUUUUUGUACUAGCCAGUGGAUUAAAGGGACGAGAUGAACUUGCACAUUUGAACGUUUGCGUCUUGGUGCUGGGGGAUAUAGGGCGCAGUCCUCGCAUGCAGUAUCAUGCGCUGUCUCUCAGCAGACAUGGAUACAAUGUCACCAUAAUUGGCUUCCUUGGUACUAAACCUCAUCAAGACAUUCUUGAGGAUGACAGGAUAGACAUACUUGCCAUUUCAGAACUGAAGGGGCUUACAGUCGGCCCCAAAAUUUUCAGGUACGCUUCAAAGGUGAUAUUCCAGUGUUUCCAGCUGUUUUAUGUGUUGAUGAAGAUUGAGGACCAGGGCUAUAUCCUUAUGCAGAAUCCUCCUGGGCUGCCAGCUAUAGCAGUGACAUGGGUGGCAAGUCGUUUCAGGGGAAGCCAGUUCAUCAUAGACUGGCACAACUACGGAUACACCAUAAUGGCUCUUACUCAUGGGGAGAAUCAUUUCAUUGUUAAGGUGGCAAAAUGGUACGAGAAGCUCUUCGGAUGUCUCUCGGACCAUAACUUAUGUGUCACUAACGCAAUGAGAGAAGAUCUUCAGAAAAACUGGAAUAUUGAGGCAACUACACUAUAUGACAAGCCACCCCCGAUAUUCAGAGAAACGCCUCUGAAACUUCAGCAUGAGCUGUUUAUCAGAAUGGGCAGUACUUAUUUACCAUUUCGGCCUAGUCCUGAUGUCACUAAAGAGUACAUGGAGCUGACAGCCUUCACAGAGCGUAAUACUCAGACAGGUGCUGUGACGCGCUCUGCUGGACGACCUGCUCUGCUUAUCAGCAGCACCAGCUGGACCGAGGAUGAAGACUUCUCAAUUCUUUUGCAAGCCCUUGAAGAGUAUGAGAAGUUUGUUGCGGCAGGGCACAAGCUUCCGUCAUUGGUCUGUGUGAUAACAGGUAAAGGUCCUCAGAAGGAGUAUUACAAGAAGCUGAUUGACACUAAAGAAUUUCAACAUAUCAAGAUUUGCACUCCAUGGCUGGAAGCAGAGGAUUAUCCUGUUUUACUUGGUUCUGCUGAUCUUGGGGUCUGCUUGCACAAAUCCUCCAGUGGUCUUGAUCUUCCAAUGAAAGUGGUUGACAUGUUUGGAUGUUGUCUGCCAGUUUGUGCCAUACACUUUCAGUGUCUGCAUGAGCUGGUGAAGCAUGAAGAAAACGGGCUCAUUUUCAAAGACUCCAAGGAGCUGUCUCAACAGUUAAAGCUUCUGUUUUCAGACUUCCCUGGUGAUCAGGGAAAACUGGGCAUCUUCAGGAAGAAUCUAAGGGAAAGUGGGCAGCAGCGCUGGGAUGAGAAUUGGGACCGGAACGUCCUGCCACUUAUCAAAGAGCACUGCGACUGACUGUCUAGGUGAUGGGUUUAUGUAACGUUCUCUCAAAUCCUUUGACUCCCAUUCAAUGGAAAGUUACUGUUCAGGUAUUUGCACAGGGUACAUAUUUUUAAGCUAACUGUCCUCACAACGGGACAAUCAGCAUUCCAGCGAUGCCAUUGGGAAAGACUUGAAUAUGAGAAUAAAAAGCACAUUAUCCUUGUAAAUAUUAUGUAAAUAAAUACUUUAUUACA